AUGGCCACACAGAGCACCGGCGUUUCAUACGAAACGCUAAGGACAUUCAACAGUCUGGGGUGCAACGAUGAGGCGCUUUGUUACGCCGCGUACCGGGUUUACAUCCAUCUCAAAGAUGAGAAAAAACUGAAUGAUGUGCAAUAUCAUUACGCACCCAGUUUGCAGCUAGUAUACCUGACCGCCAGGCGGGCUCCGAGUGCUCCGGCUGAGCUGUACAUCCCCACACUAGCAACGGAGGAGCUCGCCCUGGAACGCCUCGACCAUUAUCGCUCCCUAGGAGAAUUCGAGGGCCUUAUUCUGGCGAUUUGUGAUCCAAGUUCCACCGUGCUGCUAUACCGAGCCACUGCUGGCCUGAAGGACAUUAGCGGGAAGCUGCCGUCGAGGGGGAAAUUAUUACGACAAAAGCAACAGCAGCAGCAGACUGAGGCGCAGCCACAACGGUGAAUACAGGGCAGCCCUUAACAAGAAGAGUGGUCAUCAGUGGUUCUUUCAUUUUUCAUCCAACUCAUGUAUAAACAAUUUAAAUAACCAAAUGUACAUGUAUUGUGUGUGAUAACUGAUCGCACAUUUUCUUCCCUUCCGAAUCGAAAUGCAUACAAAAAUGUAGUGUG